AUGUUGAUAUUUUCGAAAACGAGUUUCUUGCUUGCAAUAAUAAUUGGAUGUGCAGAAGCUAAAUUUAAAAUGACAAAUGUAAAAUGCCUUUCGACGAACGAAUCGUUUGCCAAGUUCAAAACGUGUCGCCUGAAAGCCGUAAGACGCAACAUCAAUGAGUUAUCGGUCUACGUAAAGUUGCUGCAAUUGCCUAUUGAUAACGUGAAGAUCGUUUUACAACUGAAGAAACGCAAUGACUAUCGCAACCGUUCGAUUUAUGAAUUUGGGGUUGACGCUUGCGCUUUCCUUCGCAACAAACGUCGCAAUCCCUUGGCUGACUUAUUCUACCAAUUUUCGGGCCUUAAGAGUCACAGUAAUGCAAAUCACACUUGUCCUUAUGAUCACGAUAUUAUUUUGGAUCGAUAUUUUAUCGAUGAUAAAUUUUCCAGUUUUAUACCACUGCCCACAGGAUCUUAUGAAAUACAAACCCGUUGGGAGACUGAUGGCGUGAAGCGAGCUGAUGUCAACACUGUAAUUGAGGCAUAUGACUAA